AUGGAUGAAGACGAGAAGGAUAGGGUAAAGAGGGCUUCACGUAACAAAUCAGAAAAAAAGAGACGGGACCAGUUUAAUGUUCUUAUCAAAGAACUUAGCACCAUGCUGCCUGGAAACACCCGCAAGAUGGACAAAACCACCGUACUGGAAAAAGUUAUUGGCUUCCUACAAAAGCACAAUGACGUUACAGCACAGACAGAGAUUAGAGAUAUUCAUCCAAACUGGAAGCCAUCAUUUCUCAGUAAUGAAGAGUUCACUCAGCUGAUGCUGGAGGCUCUUGAUGGCUUCAUUAUUGCACUUACCACAGAUGGAAGUAUCGUCUAUGUUUCUGAUAGUAUCACACCACUGCUUGGGCAUUUGCCAUCUGACAUUAUGGAUCAAAACUUGUUGAAUUUUCUACCAGAACAAGAACAUUCAGAAAUCUAUAAAAUCCUAUCUUCACAUAUGCUUGUGACAGAUUCUGCAUCUCUAAAUUAUUUGAAUUCUGACAGUGACUUGGAAUUCUGCUGUCAUCUUCUUAGAGGCACGUUAAACCCCAAAGACUACCCAACCUAUGAGUAUAUUAAAGUUGUUGGAAAUUUUCGGUCUUGCAGCAAUGUGCCUGUCCCUUCAUGUAAUGGCUAUGAAGGAGCUGUUUCAAGAACAUACAGAUCACAGCUCAACAAGCAGGUUUGCUUCCUUGCUACUGUCCGACUUGCAACACCUCAAUUUUUAAAGGAAAUGUGUAUAGUUGAUGAGUCUUUUGAAGAAUUCACGUCAAGGCACAGUCUUGAAUGGAAGUUCCUAUCACUAGAUCACAGAGCUCCACCAAUCAUUGGAUAUUUACCUUUUGAAGUUCUUGGUACAUCUGGAUAUGACUACUAUCAUGUAGAUGACCUAGAGAUACUAGCAAAGUGCCAUGAACACUUAAUGCAGUUUGGUAAGGGAAAGUCUUGCUGCUAUCGGUUUCUAACUAAAGGUCAACAAUGGAUCUGGCUUCAGACUCAUUACUAUAUCACAUAUCAUCAGUGGAACUCCAAACCAGAGUUUAUUGUAUGUACACACACUGUUGUAAGUUAUGCAGAUGUGCAAGUAGAAAGAAGACAGAAAGUGAGCUUGGAUGACACCUCCUCAGAAGUCAUUGUCACAUCUGCACUAAAGGACAAGGACCUGAGUGUGGACAGUGACCAGCGUUACAGUGUCCUACAAGUUAGUGCCUCACUUCUCAGCCCCAGCUGCACUCCAUCGGAUUCUUCAAGAAGUUCCCACAAAUCUUCUCAGCCUCUAACCUCAGAACGUGCACCUACUCCCACAAAGCUGACUACAGACUCCAGCCCACAGUCACUGCAGAGAGUCUCCAAUAGGCCAACUGAACUGUCAUUGCAGGUAGUGAAUCAACCAAACCUGACACAGGCUUCAGCACCAUCACAGCAGUGUGACCUCCUCCAACAACAGUUUUUACCACAAAAUCAGCUACUCAGCGAUUCACCAUCUAGAACACAGUUUUCUGUACAGAUGUUUCAAACCAUUAGGGAUCAGCUGGAACAACGAAGACAGGAUAUCCAAGCCAACAUAAGAUGGCAACAAACGGAACUACAAAAGAUCUUGGAGACCCUGAAUAUGGUCCAGGAUUCCAAUCCACAGAUGUUUUACCAGCCACAAAUUGUUUCAAUGAGCUUUAGCAAUAUGCAACAAGCAGAGCCUCAACAGCAAAUGGAUAAACAGUCUAACAUGCAACAGCAGCUGAUGUCUAGUUCUUCAGCUCAAGGACAAAUAUCAUCUUCCCAGACUGCAAGCCAGGAUCUAGUAUCAUCAGAACCCAUGCUGCCAGAUACAAAUGUCCUACCCAACAAGGUAAUAAUAUUUUAG